UCAUCCAAAUUUAAAACUAUUUUAUCUCAAUCAACACAACAUAUAUUCAUAUCAUUAAUGUUUAUCAAAAACUAAUUAAAAUAAAUUAGGCUCGAAACAGUGUCUCAUUAUAGGUCUUUUUCGUUCUUUUUGUCGGUGAGUUGUGAUUUUCGUGGUGGAUCAGUUCAGAGAUGAAGAGAUUAGGAGACAGCGUUUAUGAUAGCUCUUCGCAAUUCAAGAGACGCUUUGGUUCUUCUCCUGAAGACUCCCAUGGGCAAUCCCAAGUCCCAGAUGGUGGAGAAGGAGGUAGUGUUACCUGGCGGAAACCGAAAAUGACUGACGCCAUAACCUAUGUCAAGGCGGUGAAGGACACGUUUCAAGACCAAAAGGAAAAAUAUGACAUGUUCAUUGAGGUCCUGAAAGAUUUUAAGGCUCAAAGAACUGACAACGUUGGCGUCAUUGACAGAGUGAAGGAAUUAUUUAAAGGGCAUAAUUACUUGAUUUUUGGGUUUAACGCCUUCUUGCCAGAGGGGUAUGAAAUAACCCUUGAUGAUGAUAAGGCUGCUCCACAAAAGAAGGCGACUGAAUAUCUAGAAGCUAUAAGCUUUGUGAACAAAAUAAAGAAACGCUUUCAAAAUGAUGAACAUGUUUAUAAAUCAUUCUUAGACAUUUUGAGUAUGUACCGGAAGGAGCACAAGAAAAUAAAUGAGGUCUACAGUGAGGUUUCCACUCUUUUUGAUGGUCAUCUAGAUUUGCUUGAUGAGUUCACAAAAUUUGUUCCGGGAGCAGAAUCUGUUUUAGCACAGAACUCAUUUCAGUCUGCCACUCCUGCAUUGCGGAAAAAGCAUGUGGAAAAGAAUCCUAUCCGGCGGGAUAGGAGCAUUACAAAUGCUGAUCGUGAUCUUAGUGUUGAACACCUUGAGUUAAACGAAGGCAAAAGAAAAUCUGCCAGGAAAGUCGAAGGUUUUGGAGUGAAUGCAAAUUUGGCUUCUUAUGAUGACAAAGAUACCUUAAAGAGUCAGUCAACAGUUGAAUUUCUAGGUCCUCCACAAAAUAAGGUUGAAUUUCAAGAAGCUAUCAGCUUUGUGAACAAGAUAAAGAAACGCUUUCAAAAUGAUGAACGUGUUUAUAAAGCAUUCCAACACAUUAUGAAUGUGUACCAGAAGGAGCACAAAGGCAUAACAACUAAGGCCUACAAUGAGGUUGCAACUCUUUUUGAUGAUCAUCCAGAUUUGCUUGAUGAUUUUUCAAGAUUUGUACCAGAUGCAGUCUUUAAAUCCAAUGCUGAUUGUGAUCCUAGUCUUGACCAGCUCAGGCUGGACAAAGACAAAGCAAUGGAAAAUUCCCUGCAAUCAAAUUUCGAUAUAAUUGUUUUCUGUUUGAAUUUUGGUAAUUCAUUGAGUAUAAACCCCUUUACUAGUUGAGCUUGGUAGUGUACUACCAUAGUACCAUGUCCAAUAGGCUAGCAGGUGGCAGGUUUGGGUUAAACGCAUACUUUGUAGUUUGCAUUUUGGGUCAAUAACUUCAUUGAGAAUUAAACAUAG